UCUUCGUGAUAGAUCAUCGCAUGCAGUAGAAAUACAACGUGGGAAACCUGUGUGUUUUGUUUUCCGAUCCAUCCUGCAUCUUUAUAUUGGCAGUCACUGAGCAUUCUGUUUCGCAGUUUCACUUUAGUGAAAGUAGAGUAGUAGUGUUGUUCCUGCAAUCCUUUGGUUUCGAACAUACAGCAAUGGGCGAAAAGGCCAGAGAAAUGUAUCUGAAGGCUGACCUGCAGUGCAUUAAAUGCUACAACAAGGUGGAGAAAAUUCUAAGUAAAUUUCCUGAAAUACAUGACCAGAAAUUUGACGAGGAGAAAGACUUGGUCACAAUCAAAGUUGUAUCCUGCCAUCCUGAGAAGAUUAGGAAGAAGAUCAUCUGCAAGGGUGGAGGUUGCAUUCAGUUUGUUGAGAGAGGGCCUCCCGGGCCUCAAGGGAUUCAAGGGAUUCCCGGGCCUCAAGGGCCUGAAGGGAUUCAAGGGCUUCCCGGGCCUCAAGGGAUUCCCGGGCCUCAAGGGCCUGAAGGGAUUCAAGGGCUGCCCGGGCCUCGAGGGAUUCCCGGGCCUGUGGGGCUUAAGGGGCCUGAAGGGCCUCAGGGACCUCGAGGACCUCCAGGACCAUGUUAUAUGGUAGGACCGCCCGUUUAUCCAGUUCCAGUCUGUACUUGUGGUUGCGGAGGGACACGCCCAUGGUCGUGCAGGCAACCGUAUCCUAGUGUUUGUCAUAUGCCUUGUAAUGUGAGCCGUUAUGAGUACUGCAGUGAAGGAGAUUCCACAGGAUGCACAACCAUGUAAACGUAUGACAUCCAGCACAUGGCUCAAAUCCAUCCCUUACAACCUCAACGCCCAAGCCACCAGCCUGGGCCAUGCAGAGCCAAUGCCCAGGCCCCCUGCCUGGGCCAUGCAGCACGCACGCAUGGCUCAAGUCCAUUAGCAGGCCUUGCAUGGCACCAUGCCAUGCCCACUAACAGGCCUUUGCAUGGCCCUAUGCCAUGCUCAUUAGUAAGCCAUGUCGUGCCCACUAGCCAUGGACCAGACCAGCCCAAUCGAAGACCAUGCACCAUCCUAGCUCACCCAUGGGCUCAUGCAUGUCACAUGCCAACUUGACCCAUGCCAACUAUUGUAUUGCUUUCUU